UCUUUGACAAUAAAAGAUAUUUUAAUAAUUCUUUGUAAAAAAAAUUAUAAAGAAUGUUAUUUAUCUUAUUUUUUAGGUCCUAAUUUAAUCUCUACGACCGUUGAAAAUGGUGGUAUGUUGGGUUCCCGCAAAGGUGUGAAUUUGCCGGGAGUGCCGGUGGAUCUUCCGGCAGUGUCGGAAAAAGAUAAAUCUGAUCUUCAGUUUGGUGUUGAACAAGAAGUCGACAUGAUAUUCGCGUCCUUCAUUAGAAAUGCUGCUGCAUUAACUGAGAUCCGCGACAUUCUCGGUGAGAAGGGUAAAAAUAUCAAAAUCAUAUCCAAGAUCGAGAAUCAACAGGGCAUGACGAAUCUUGAUGAGAUUAUCGAUGCAUCCGAUGGUAUCAUGGUAGCGCGUGGUGAUUUGGGAAUAGAAAUACCACCGCAGAAGGUGUUCCUAGCACAAAAGUCUAUGAUCAGCAGAUGCAACAAAGUUGGCAAGCCAGUAAUUUGUGCCACGCAAAUGCUGGAGUCCAUGGUGAAGAAACCACGUGCUACAAGAGCCGAAACUUCAGACGUUGCUAAUGCCAUUCUCGAUGGUGCUGACUGUGUUAUGUUGUCAGGUGAAACGGCAAAGGGAGAUUAUCCUUUGGAAUGUGUUCGCACAAUGGCCAAUAUUUGUAAGGAAGCAGAAGCUGCGAUUUGGCAAACUCAAAUCUUCCAUGAUCUGUCGAGCAAAGCUAUGCCGCCUAUUGAUGCUACACAUGCUGUUGCCAUUGCUUCUGUCGAAGCAUCCGUUAAAUGCUUGGCUAGUGCUAUUAUUGUUAUUACGACAUCUGGUCGAUCUGCACAUCUAAUUGCAAAAUAUAGACCACGUUGUCCCAUUAUUGCAGUUACUAGAUUCCAUCAAGUUGCUCGACAAGCGCAUUUGUAUCGUGGAAUAUUACCAUUGUACUAUGAAGGUAUGACAUCGAUAAAUAAUUAUUUUAUGUUUAUCUUACUAGUUUAUGGCAACUGAAAUGUAUGCU